AUAGUAAGAAAAGAGGCUACAGAGAGUUGUGUACGAUGUGUAUUGGGGCCUUUGAGGAAGAAGAAGGAGUUGCUGAGUGGAGGCUGAGUGUAGUUUGUCAAACAGACCAGAGGGGGAGGGGGACAUUCCAGUUAUACAGAAGAGCGUGGAAUCUUGGGUAUAGCUGGUGGAAGUGUGGCUUCCUGGUAUCAGGUAGGGAGAGGAGCACUCCAGGCAGGCACUGGGCAGGUCUCCUCCCCAAAAAGCAAGCCAGACAGCAGGCUCUGAGCCAGCAGCAGGCUCUACUGAGCUUUGCCAUCCACCAUAUACACAGGGCUCUGUUGCUUUCAAGACACAUACUCAGUUGAUUUGAUCCCCACUUGAGGUACAUGUUAUAUCUCCAUUUCUACCAAAAAAGGAAAAAUGACGUUCACUGACAUAGCAAGCUUGCCUGACUUCUUACCCCACCGAGUGGCAAGACUGGACUUGGAAUCCAGGUUGUCUGAUUUCUAGUUUUUUCCACACCUAUUGGCCAGACCUCAGUUCCUCUUACCUUGACAUUCGAGGCCAUUUAGUCUCUGAGCCCCAGUCGCCUUAACUUCCUUCCUUGCCUCUUUUUCCUACCUAUAACUGAACCCUGUUUUGUAACCAUUCCAGUCUAAAUAGUUUCCCAACCUUCCUUUUUAGUUUCUAGUCUGUUUCCCUUUUGUGUGGUCCAGAUUCUUACCAUCCUUAAAUGGCUAUCCUUUUAUGAGCACUGACUGCCCAAGUACUAUCCACUCCCUUCAAGUUCUUAAUAGAACUUGAUACAGAAUUGAUCAUCUUCACAGUAUCCGGGCACAUUGAUCGAGUCACAGAUGAGGAAGCAGGAUCGGAGAAGUAAAGUAACUUACCCAAGAUCAUUCAAAGACAAAUCUGACCUUGAAAACAGUGUGAUGCAGAAGAAAAUAAAAAUCCCCAAACUUUCUCUCAAUCACAUAGAAGAAGAUGGGGAGGUUAAAGAUUAUGGGGAAGAAGAUUUACAGCUUAGACACCUCAAGAGACCCGAGGGGCGGAAGCCGAGCGAAGUGGCGCAUAAGAGCAUUGAGGCCGUGGUGGCCCGGCUGGAGAAGCAGAACGGCCUGAGCCUGGGCCACGGCACGUGUCCAGAGGAGGUCUUCGUGGAGGCCUCACCGGGCACGGAGGACAUGGACAGUCUGGAGGAUGCCGUCGUGCCCCGGGCUCUGUACGAGGAGCUGCUGCGCAACUACCAGCAGCAGCAGGAGGAGAUGCGCCACCUCCAGCAGGAGCUGGAGCGGACUCGGAGGCAGCUGGUCCAGCAGGCCAAGAAGCUCAAGGAGUACGGGGCACUCGUGUCUGAAAUGAAGGAGCUCCGUGACCUCAACCGGAGGCUCCAGGACGUGCUGCUCCUGAGGCUUGGCAGUGACAACCUUCGGGAAGGGGCAGAGAAGAAGGUGGUAUUCAUCACAGGACGAGUCCACCCAGGGGAAACACCCUCUUCAUUUGUGUGCCAAGGGAUCAUUGACUUCCUCAUAAGCCAGCACCCUAUUGCCCAUGUCCUACGGGAACACCUGGUCUUCAAGAUUGCACCAAUGCUCAACCCUGAUGGAGUCUACCUGGGAAAUUACAGGUGCUCUCUGAUGGGGUUUGACCUGAACCGCCACUGGCUGGAUCCCUCUCCAUGGGCUCACCCUACCCUGCAUGGAGUGAAACAGCUCAUCAUCCAGAUGUACAAUGACCCAAAAACAAGCCUGGAGUUUUAUAUCGACAUCCACGCCCACUCCACCAUGAUGAAUGGCUUCAUGUACGGCAACAUCUUUGAGGAUGAGGAGCGGUUCCAGAGGCAGGCCAUUUUCCCCAAGCUCCUCUGCCAGAAUGCCGAGGACUUCUCCUACUCCAGCACGUCCUUUAACCGGGACGCCGUGAAAGCAGGAACCGGGCGUCGCUUCCUCGGCGGGCUACUGGACCACACUUCCUAUUGCUAUACCCUCGAGGUCUCCUUCUACAGCUACAUCAUCGGGGGCACCACGGCGGCCGUGCCCUACACUGAGGAAGCCUGUAUCCUUGGCGGGUCCCCCCAGGCCUGGGCCAGCCCACAUCCGGCGGAGAGUAUCCAGGUCUGGCAAGAUUUAACGGGCAGAUAUGAAGCUGGGAAGGAACGUGGCAAGAACGUUUUUGGAUUAUUAUCGGCUGAACCCCCUGGUGGAGAAAGUGGCGAUCCCGGUGCCGAGGCUGCGGAAAGAAAAGCCCCCUCCCUACAAGUACCCAUUCCUGCGGGGCCCAGCCAGCAACCACCCCAACGGCAAAGGGGACAAGAAGAGCUCAGUGAGCCACAGAGACCCUUCAAACUCUUUUUAAGGACAUGGAGCCCGGGGAGGUCUUGUGGAGGCACGAGCAUGCAUUUUCCGCUGGGGCAUGAAAUUAUUCACCCUUCUCUCUAGUUUCCAAGAUACAGGGUGUGGGAUACGGACUAGGCUGGUGAAAGGGAAGGAAAAACUGAGAAAUUUCAUCAUUGGGUUCCCUUUUACCAAUGGAAAAUCGAUUGUGGGGCUUCAGCUUAAAGGGUCAGGAACAAGAUAGGAGGCUCAAACCAAGCGAGUACAGAGGCUAUUUUCACAACACAGAGAAUCCUCACAGGACAAGGAAAAGCUACACAUCCCUUUUGAGAGGUUUGACACAUCUCAGGUCAGUGCUUUUGAAGCCUUUUCGAGUUGUGUUGCUACCACUGUAGAGUUGGUUACCUCUUAGACUAGGUGAUGGUUGUUUACGGUUUUAGAAAUGCACUGUCUAUACCUGCUGAUCCAACACCACAUCAGUGACACAUACGACCCAAAGACAAAUGUACUGUUGGGAACAAUAGGUCAGAAUUUUUGAAAUCACAGUGGUCUGGGGUCACUAUGGUCACUGUCACUGUGUCUACGGGCUGCGUGCAUUUCCCGAUGGCCUGGGUCAUUUCAUUGAAACUGUAGCUCCAAAGACAACAAGCAUUGGUCACUCAUGGUUCAGAUCUCCCGAUCCCGGUGUCAGGGACCAAAACUGGCCGCUGAAGAGGUAGGUAUGGAUACUCUGGAGUGAGGGAAGGCUGGCUGCCAGGUGAAGGAAAUGCAGAAGGAAGGAGAGUGCCCCCCCCAACCGAGGCAGGGGGCUGAUAACAUAAAACUGCAGCAGUAGCAAUUCCCAAGGCGAGGAGCGGAAGCUAAAUAUUGUGCAUUUUUCUAAAGAGUAAAGUGCCUUUGUAUGAUGAAUGGGUCCCGAGGAGGGUGCUCCCUUCCUGUCUGUGAAGCGGCAGGUUGAGUCACUGCGACAGCCUGCUAAUUAAAAUGACCUCCCGGAAAUGAGGAUUCGGAGACGGGAGAUGGGGAGAGGAAGGGAGGCUCAGGGGAGAGAGGGCCUUUAGCACAAAGCUCCAGUUAAGCAUUCUUUGGCUUUGAGGUGGAGAUUUUUGAAGUUUGUUGCAAAAAUUGAGAGCAAACCUUAUUCUCCCUUUGUUUAUUGGUUUUCCGAAAUGAUAACAAAGAACCCUGUGUUCGCUGGCUACAAAUGUUGUGUUGUAUAUACAGCUUCUCCUCUGGGUUCUUGUUGCCCAGAGGAACACAAAUAAAGUGGUUUAUGCAUCGCU